GUGUGUGUGUGUGUGUGUGUGUCAUACGUUAUUUUGAAACUAAUAAUUUGUAUUUAUUUAUAAAAAGUAUGGUGUCAAAGUUUAGAUUCAUCGGUUGUUUACAUAAUUUAUAAUGAACUGCUGUGAUUUCAUGAUGCACUUUAGAACUUUAAACUUUUACGUAUGGAUAAACUUCGUGCGUAUGGAUAUUAUGUUAUACAGCGGAGAGCAAAACUGAACGUACAAAACUGAACGUGCACGUGGUUUUAACCCAAUUUUAACACAAUCGUACUCGCAAAUACACACUGAAUAUAUACGCGUGAGAUACAAAUCUAAUUGUACAACUUCCUCCAGCUUUUCAUUCAAAAUUGAAUAAAUCGGCCAAGGAAAAUCCUAUCUUAAGUUUUAUGGUGCCGUUAUAAAAGAAAGAUUUCAAUCUUGAAAAAAACAAUAGAUAAUAAAUUUUGUUGGAAAUAUUUCUUUGUCAAAUCACAUUGGAAAAUCGUGAUAUAGCACAUAUCUUGCACAAUCUUAUAUCCUAGUUCCAAGAGUCAACAAGUUUCAAGAUUUAAAAAAAGUUUAAAGACAGAUUUACGAUAAUUACAAAGAGUGUUUAUAUAUUUAAGUAAAUUCUUUUUUUUUAUUUUUAAAUAAAUUCUUAUUUAUAAAUAAAUUCUACAUUUAUAAAUAAAUACUUAUUUUUAAAUAAAUUCUACAUUUAAUUUUCAAGGCAUCAAACUUUUAUCGUCUACGGUACAGCUAAAUAUAAUUAAUAAUACUUGAAAGCAUUAAUAUAUAAAUGUUCUAAUACAUAAAUAUUAUGCCGCAUAAUAAUGAAUCUAAUAAACAUCUAUUGCCACUAGACUCGAGAUUAAAUAUUUCAAAGAUCAGAUUGAAAAACUUCAAAUCGUUUCUAACGCCACUAACUACGACGUCUUCCUAAAUAAACGAAUGUAUUUGUUUCAUCGAACGAGCAUGCGUCCAUCAUGUCAAGAUGUUCCACUACAUGAAGUGACACCGUGGCUAAACGUCGAUUUUAUUUAUGUGUGCACGUGACAUACGCGAUACUUAUGUAUUCUGCGAAGUAUGACACGCAAAAGUAAUACAUGUAUAACAGGAACCUAUUACCAUUUAACGACACGUUCGAAAGAAAAUGUGUUGCAUUACAUUUGCGUAUAUCGAUUCGUAUAUUCUAUUUUUAUGUGUAGAAUGCACCACAUGUAUUCCUCGAAGAAAGGAGAUCCUCUCUGUCCCCUUGGUUUCCAUCCGCAAGUGCGAUGGCCGACCCGUUGCAAAAGAUGCUUCAGAUCCGCCGAAAAUGGGAAGCGUGGCUGGUCCUCGGCAACAAACUUGGCAAAGGAUGAUUUUAGAGGAAGUUCCGAGUCAUCGUACGCGGCGACUGGUUGGACUUCACUCAUGGAUCUCUCCGCUAUCGAUAACGAAGACGAGAGAUUGGAAGACCGAGAUGGAACAAUUAAGGGCACAAAUAAGAGAAUUACAAGCACGAUGCGAGAGAGUGGAAAAGGAGAAGAGCGAGAUCUUGAUGAGGCGACUGUCAACCAUGGAAACCAUAUCGAGCAAGGCUUCGCCGAAUGAAAUACAAAAACUACAGAAGAAAAAUGAAGCUCUCGCGCAAGAAAAGAAUAGUUUAUUGACCAAAAUCAGAGAGUUGGAGAAAGAAGUGAACUCGAAAACGUUCAGAGGAGAACGAGAUCGAGAAAAGGACGAGCUACGCUCGAAAUUGAAAGCAGCGGAGAACUUGUGCGAGAACUUGAUGGACGAGAACGAAGACAUGAAGAAGGAAAUCCGACAACUGGAAGAGGAGAUAUACGAACUGCAGGAUACUUUUAGGACGUCGAUCUGGAUGGAUGAUCCCGACUCAAGGACAUAUAUAUAUGUCGUUUGCCGAAAGCUGGAUCGAAUGAUGGACAUUUCAUUGCUUGGUAAAGCAAAGUGCCAUUGUCCAGAAUUUAUUUAUUUCCUCCUGCUAUUUGCGAUCGAGGAAGACUCUUUCAAACGAGCAAACGCGAGUCGCAAGCAUUCAGUUCUAAAUCACAUAAAAAUAUAAAGUGAAAUGGCGUAUUUAAUCAUUUAGAGAGCAGUAUGUGGAAUGUUAUACUGUCGUCGAACCCUUUCGAUCCUUAUCGAUACUUAUCGCGUGAACGCUUCCUCCUGCUUUCGCCCGUUCUGAAUGGCAUUUCGGCUUCCGUUUGAUUAAAUGUGUACGUGACCAAUUAACUCAGGGACGAGCAAGCGGACGAGCACGUUCGUUUGCGAAAAAGUUUGGAACAGUCGAAUAAGAAUUGUCGAAUCUUGUCGUUUAAGCUGAGGAAAGUCGAGCGAAAGGUGGAGGAGCUAGAAACUGAGAAGAUCAAUUUGGAGAAAAAAUACGACGAGGUGAAGAAAGUCGAGGAAACGUUGCAAAAGAUCAAAGGGGAGUUUCAAAACAGGCCUCUGAAAAAGGCAACUGAAUUUACGACUAAAGUACAGUUGAAAAAGAUGGUGGAGGAAAUGGAAAAAGAAAUAGGAGACAUGAUGAUUGUCUUCACGAAUAUUUCCGACGGGAAAGAGAUAAACAUUCAGGAUAUAAAACUCAAGGAUAACCACGCGAAAUACGACAAACUUUCAAAGGAGCACGAAUUACUUAAGGAGAAGCUCGACUCUGUUAUGAAAGAAUUAUCGGACGAGAAAGAGAAAAAGAAAUCCAAUGUUAAAAUAGAAGAAAAAAGUACAGACUUGCAAAACAUGAAGAAGAAACUGGAAGAGGUAGUGACAUUGAGAGAAAACGAAAGGAAAACAUGGGAUCAGGAGAAAACAGCACUGCUCGAGGAAAAAGACAAAUUAAAAUCAAAGCUCCUCUCUCUAUCCGCGGAGAAACUUAAAGUGUAUAAUGAGACCGUACAACUAAAGAAGGAUCUGGAAACAGCAAAAACGUUUGAAAACGAUAGUGUAAAUUUAGAGAAAACGAUAAGCGAUUUGAAGAAAGAAUUGCUUCAGGAACAAGAUAAGUCCAAGAAGCAGCAAGAUGACUUGUCAGCGUAUACGGAACGAGAAUCGAAAAUGAAACAAUCAAUGACAUCGGUUGAACAAAUAAAGACCAAGCUCGACAGUGAAUUAAAACGCCUGAAGAAGGAGUUGGAGAAUACAAAAACUUCUAAUUCCACGAAAAUAAAUGACCUGACUGUAGAGGUCGCGGAAUUAAAGAAAGAAAGGGAAAAAUUACUGUCGCAGAUCGAUCAGGAAAAAGAAUCGAAGGAGAGUGAGCUUGCAACCCUAAGAAAGAAGAUCAAUACGUUGGAGAAAACAGGAAUGAAUACGAAACGCAUGAAUGAAAUGAGACACACGUACAAUGAAAAGAUUUUAAUGUCUUACAUUUCAGAUUUGGAAAACGAGCUCAAGAAAGGGCAAAUGGAGUACGACAAUUUAAACGAGAAGUUCAAGGAAUUGACAAAUUUAAAAAAGCAAUAUGAAUCGGAUAACGAAACGCUCAAUAGUAAAUUGCGAGAACAAAGUACAGAACUGAUGGGUAUUCGCAAAGAAUUGGAGUCAAUGCGACAGUCAAUGAAAGUAAAAGAAAGCGAAUGGCGAUCGGAAAAAUCAGCUCUGGAAAAUCGUCUGCGGGAAAGCGAAAUGCCAAACAAAAUUUUGAUAACAGAUUUGAACAAUGACAUAAACAAUUUGAAAAAAGAAAACAAUACGUUAGUAACCCGAUUAGAAGAUUUAAGAAAAGCGAACGACGACCUUUCUGACAAACUGAAAGAUUACGAAGCAGUGUCAAAGAUUCAUCAAGUUCUAACGCCAGACACCACGACUCUGGAGUCAGAGAUACGAAAAUUGAAGAACGCCCUUGAGAACAUGGAGAAAGCGAAGAAAGCUGAUUUAGCUCAGUGCAAAAUGCGUUACGAGCAUAGAAUUGCUGCUAUCAACGAUGAAAUUCAAGCCAUUCAAAAUCAAUUAUCCAGGUACAAACGCGAGCGCGACACGUACAAACAUAUGUUAGAAGGUGCUCAGAAAACGAUCGCAGAGUUAAAGUCUGCUAAAGGUAGACAGUCGAAUGCAUCUUCUGGGAAGUCUGACGAGGAAGAGGAAGUGUCUGGUGCGAGUAAAUUGGUUCUGGAAAGGCAGAUCAACAGCUUGGAAGACGAGCUUUCCGAAACGAGAUUAGAGACAUCUAGAUUGAAAGCCGAGUUGGUGUCUGAAAAGUCGGCGAGUCACGUUAAAGUAUCUGAACUGCAAUCGCGAAUCAACGAGCUCGAAGAAGAGAAAGUGCUCACUAGCGGCAGAACAAAAAUCCCAGGACUGAAAGUUCGUAUGGAGUUAGCGUGGCAAAAAGAGAGGGAAGAGCAUCAGAGGCUAUUGCAGGAGACUGCUACGCUGGCGAGGGAUUUGCGACAAACUUUAUUCGAACUCGAAAGGGAACGUUCCAAGGAACGGCUAGAAAAUAAGAGACGACAAGACCAAUUGAAAAAAGUGUACGACGAAGAGAAGGAAGAGAGCAAGAAAAAAUUGUUGGAGUUACAAUGCGAUUUGCUUGAAUUAAGGGACGCUCAUGCGAAAUUAAGGACUAGCAACGAGAAAAUGAGACGCGAAAAGGAACGUCACGAAAAGGAGAGGGAAGAGCUCAAAGAUGUAAUUUUAAAGAAAUACAAACAAGAGCAGAUUGAAUUGCGAAAUCUUAAUGUACUGAUGCAACAAGUUAAUGAUUUAAUGAAACUAUUCCCCGAGUUGAACGGCAUAGCACAAAAUGGCACUGCGAAUACUUACACGCCGACUCCACCGAGACGAUUAAAAGUUCGAAUUCUCAACUUGGUGAGAGGACAGAAAAAUUAGAAUAUACCGUUAAAAAAUUAAUGGACGUGGCGAAAGAACUGAAAGAAUCGAAGAAAGCAGCGGACGAAAUAAACACAACGCGAUUGAAGAAAAUCGGCAAGAGAUCAACAUCCGUGGAGAGCGACCCGGGUAAAGGUAUAACAACAUCUCGUUCGAAACCACGUUUAAAAAGAAAAAGUCUAUCUUUGGAACAGACAUCAGCACGAAAUGAAGAAUCACGCAUUUGGGGCACUGAUAGCAACAUGUCCAGUUUGCAAUCAUUAGAAAGUUCGGAUGCUGAAGGACGAGCUCUAAGUUUGCAGAGAGAUUCCAGUGUUGACAGUCGCCUCUCUACUGGUUCUACUAAGAGUGAGAUGUUGGAGCGAGAAAAGAAGCACAGUAAAAGUAUAAUAAAAAAGAUAACGACCAAAUUGACUAAAUCAGCUAGCAUGGAUGACCCAAAUAUUUCCAUGGACCUUUCUCUUCAGCGUAGAGAAGAAAAUAAAUUCCACGAGUCAAAGUAGGCCAGCAUCGAGAAACUCCACAACGUCGAAUAAAUGAUUCAAUCACAAAUUCUGCACUAUCGUUGAAUUGUACAACGAUAAAAAAAUUCUAAGCCUCGAAUAGUAUAAAAACAAAAACAUAUACAAAAGGAUACAUAUAUUCCUGUAUAUAUCGAACUAUCUCAAUAUUGGAUUUGCACAAGCAUUUUCAAAUAUUUCAUUGAACAUAUACAAGGCACCGUACGAUGAUGCAAAUAAAAUGGAACGUAUAAUAAAUACUUCUUCAUUUAAUUUUCUUGUUACUCCAAUUUCUUACAUUGCGAAGCACGCUUUUCUUUUUUCGAUUUCCGCUUAUGUUUCGAACUUUUAUGUUCUUUGUGUUUGUGCUUCUUCUUCUCCUUUUUUGACUUCUUUACUUUCUCCCGUUCCACCCAUACACCACACAUUUCGGAGUCCACUUUGGGUCUUGGUACUACGACACUUUUAAAUACAGACUUUAAUGUUUGAGAACUAGAUGGUUCUGCGGUUUUACUUUCAGUUUUUAACAAUCUCGAAGGAAGAACAGGCCCGUACAUAUUCAAUAACAAUUGAGUCUCCGAAGGAUUUGAAUUAGAAUUAUCUUGUUGAGGUUCAGUUUCUAAUUCAGAAUUUACUGUGUUCACAUCUUUCUCUUUGCUCGUUGUCUCAUUCAAUUGUACGUUACUUUUCGUAUUGUUAACUAAACUAUCUAGAUCCACCUUUGCAAAAAUUCCCCGUGGUGGAGAGGUGUUUCUAUUUACAUUUAUCUCACUUGGGACUUUGCCGAUCAAAACCGAUUUUACGGCCUCGCUGUCUAAGCUUUCGUUUGACUCUGAAUCAGAUUCUUCGCUACUGCUUAAGAAAAUUGAUUUAAAAAGAUCUUUCUUCUCUUCUGAUUUACUUUUUGACGUAGAGGUUUUCAUCGUGGAACUGAUAUUAUUUUGACUUUUAUUCUGUUGAUCCAUAGUUUCUGUGUCUGUUGUUCCACUUGAGUCUGUCUUUAAGGAUGUUUCUGAAACUUCUUUUCCAAAAACUUUCUCGUAAGAGACUUCGAAAUUUCUCAUCUUCUCUGAUACAAGUUCGAUAGUUUCAUGAUUGUGGAAAAAUAUAUCAUCACUCGUCUCUUUAACAUUUGAAUCCGUAUUGUCAAUAACGUGUUUUACUGUAUUAUCAAACAUAUUUUUGUUUGUAUUUUCACUAAUACUUGAUAUACUAACAUCAUUUGUUUCCUUCGACGCCUGCAAAAAUUUCACGGAAUUAUUCCAAUCGAGAGAAUCGAAGAUCGAAAACUUUGCCGAUCUUUUUUGCAUCUCUGGUUGGGCACAACCAACCUUUGGUUCUGGAAUAUUGAAUCUUUUACAAACUAUGCUCACUGGCUUCCAUUCUACACGCUCUCGAGUUAACUUCCCAAACAUUUUCAUCUUUACAGCCUGUUUAAUUUCAUCUUCUUGACUAGAGUGCGCAGAAACUUCCGAUUUACUGGGAUCAGAAGCACUUGUAAAUUUAUUCGCAACAUAUUCAUUCGUCGGUUGUUCAAACAAUUUGAUUGCUUGUUCAAAUUCAAUUCGUUCAUGUUCUCUAUCCCAUUCUGUCAUAGACAAUGGCUGUAUACUUUCAAGUUUAUUUUUCUCUUCCUCUUUUAUGAAGACUAAAUAUUGCUCAAAUCGUCUUUGUUUAUCAGGAUCAGAAAAAUAUGGUUUCACAACGUUACUCUUCGCAGAAUUAUCUUGAUACAAUUUACUUUGUUUAUCAGAAGUCGCCGAAGAAUCCUUGAAUUCUUCUAAUUUUUUUAAAUUUCUAUCAGAAUCUUUACUGGGACCAACGGUGCCUCCUUUAACAAAAUUUUGUGCAGUCAGUUUGUCCAUCCAUGAUAUAGCUGCCUUGGCACGUUGAUUUUCUUCUUUCUGUCUUUCUUCCGUUUGUUGCUUCCCAUGUAAAUUUAACGUUUUCGAGAUGAUAUUAGAAGCCACAGAUGGUACCGAAUUCGGAUGCGUUUCAAAUGGUUUUUUUGUAUUGUAUGUAUUGUAUGUAUCUUCCAAAAUUUUUGCUCUAUCUGCAGCAGUAAGAUCUUUGCGUUUUCCAUUCUGCGUUCUACGAGGAACAUUUUCGAUUGGUGGAUAAAAUCUGCUUUUUCUAAUUGUAUGCACAGGUACGAAAUUUUUGGGCAAUUCCGGAGGUGGAAAGACUUUUUUCAAUUCUAAUUUAUUCUUUGCCAAUACGAAACCUUCUAAACACUUGUUUAAACUUCUCGAACUACCAUCCUCGGACCACCUUGUUUUGGUUUUUCGUUCAGGACCCAAGGAAAAAUCAUAACGCGACAUGUCUUCUCUCUCAUAUAUAUCUUCAUCAUCAGCUUCGAAUGCUCCAACACCAAAUGCUUGCCCAUGUAUCGAUAACUUUUUGUUUUUAUCCCGAAUACUAAAUGCCGGAGUUUCAAAUAAAUUUACAUGACCAGACAAUAUAGUUCUUCUGUCUAAACCACUAUAUCNNCUUUCUGCUUUUUCGUAAGUCUUGAUCCUACACCUUGACCUGGUCUCCAUCCCAUUUUUUUUAAUAACAUAAUACCAACUGUUUCUCUAUUAUAUCAAACAUUUACUAUUAUUGACACUGAUCUAAAGUUAAAAUUAUUCAAUUUCAAUUUUUAUAUAAAUACAUACUUCACAGGUUUCAAAAGAUCCUUUAAAACUGGAGUACCAGGAAUAGGAUUGUUGUUGUCACGAGUAAUUCUUUCACGUUUUGUACCUCUUUGACCAGAAUUUACGUAAUUUUCACUAGCCCGAAUACCAGUUGGUGCAAUUCCGAACUCACUUGUAUCUUCCUCAUCCAUAAAAUCUUCCGGACGCUGAGUAAUACUUCCUGCUUUACUACUUCUUGACGACUUAAAUUGUUGAGGUCUCCAGCCAUCUCUUGUACCAACAGUAUUAAAAUAUCCAGCAGAGAAACCACCUGUAAAUGCACCAUGAAAUCUUCGUCUACCUUGUGCAUCAUAUGCAUAUUGAUCUUCAAUUGUCAUUGGUUUCUUCCUUGGUACAUUAUCUUCAUCUAUUGGUUCAAGAGGAACUCCAAAAGUAACAUAAUUUUCAUCUUCGGAGUCGCUCAUUUUUUUAAAUAUUUAAUAGUCAGUGUUUAACAUUUAACGAUAGAAGAAAAAUUAUUCUUUGUUUAUACGUGUAAUCUACUUAACUAUCAAGAGCAACACAUUUGAGGUUAAAUAACACAUAACAAUAACAAAACUAUUUUUUCCUUUUAGUCUCAAUGAAUUUUAUGUCCUACUUUAGAAGAAUGCAUUUGAAACAAACUACAUUUGUAAUAAAAUAAAAUGUAUGUUGUUAAAUCAACCAAUAAUUGUUCUCUGUUCAACUCUGUUCAACGAGUCAAAUCAAGGGAAAUAAAUACUAUUGAUCACGUGGUAUUCUAGUUACUAGUCUACUUACUAACAAUCUAUAGUUUUUAAGAAUAAUUCGUAUCAUUGUUAAAAAACAUAAUAUAUUUAUUUAAUUUGAGUCAGAUACUUUUAAAAAAUAAAAAAUUAAAAAAACUUCACUUUCUGCAUCAUAAUUUCACGAUCACGAUUUUGAUUGUAUUUUGUCAAAAGAUUUAUUCACACGGUGUAAUUCACUUUUCCUAACUCGACUUGCGGAAUAGAUUAUAGUCAGCUUUUUUACACUAAAAACAAAUUAAUUCUGUUAAGUUCAAAGGUUUAAGUGAUACUCUAACCGAGAACUGCACGGACGGAUAGGAAUUUUUUCGGUGAAGUUAGUGGAGAAACAUAUCUUUUCCAGACGGUAGGGAAUAAUUUGGAGGAAAUUUGCGAAACUACACAAAAGCAACAGUCUCGGGUUAACUGCAUUUGUCUCGCGUUGACGCGAGAAUAAUAUCGGAGAACGAUUGUCAAACGGGAGUUCCUCGGCGAGAUUUCGAGGAGGGAAGUUUAUUAUCGUGAGAAGAGAAAAAGAGUUAAGAAAUAGAUGGCGUCUGAAAUAAUUUUCGAUAAGAUAACGGGAGCGAGCCCUUCCUUCGAUUUGGAGCCAGUUUGAAGUGUUGUACGGUAUUUGAAUAUGAUAAAUCAAACGUCAGAGGAGUUCGUCACGAUUGCACCAGCAUCUGUGGCGAGAACGCCGAAAGGAAAUUGGAGGCCGCGCAAGUUGAACGGCAGGACAUUUGAUUUUCUUUGGUGGCGCGAUUCACGACGUGAGAACGCAUCGAAGAAGCAAGGAUAUCAAAGGAAAAAAGAGGAUCUGACAGAAGUUAAAAUCGUCGAGAGUAAAGCGAGGAAUAAUCUCGCCACUAGAACGUCGUUCGACUUCUUCAAGAACAUCAAAAGACAUAUUCAGGUGAAGAAGUUGACGCACAAAUCCAAGCGAAAGACAAAGGAGGUUGAAGCGUCUGGCAUACAAAAUGAAACAAACUAUGAUCUGAUGAUUCAAAAGGAUGCAUCUACGAUUUCUGUGAGAGACAAUAACGUGUUCGAGUCAAAAUACAAAAAGACCGAUAAGAAUUGCGAUGAUCAGUAUAGCAGUGAAAUCUUGGCUCUGAAUGUAUCUCGGAGCAAAUAUAUUUCACAAAGUUUAAAUAGAACCAUAAGUAGCUGUAGUAACACCGAAGAGAAACUAGACACAAUUAACACACAAAUUAUUAAUAAGUUCAACACAGAUGUUAAUCAGGAAAAUGUUUCUAAUAUAUACCAGUCCUCAGAUAAUGAGUCAGGAUCUAGAUCAACAAUAGAAAAUAAUGUAAUAAAACAUCAAAUUGAAAGAACUAAUGAAAAUACAGAGAUUAAUAGAAGUAACGAUAAUAAAAUAAAAGCAAGUCUUACAGAGGAAUUGCUGAAAUUAAGUAACUAUGGAUGGUAUUGGGGACCAAUAUCAGGAAACGAAGCUGAUGCUAAACUUCUAUCUGAACCAGAUGGUGCAUUCUUAGUUAGGGACUCCUCAGACGAUAGAUAUGUCCUGACACUUAGCUUUAAAUCAUCUGGCAAACUACUUCAUGCUCGUAUGGAACAUACUGGCGGUUUAUUUUCUUUGUGCAACCAAAGUGAAAGCGAAGGGUUUAGUUCGGUGGCUGAUUUAAUUAACUAUUCAAUGAAUUUUAGCCAAUCAGGUGUCUUUUGUUACUCACGACCUAAGUAUCCUGGUCAUCCGUCUUUUCCAGUUAGAUUAACAAAGCCAGUAAGUAGGUUUACUCAAGUCCGAAGUUUACAAUAUCUUUGUCGUUUUGUCAUACGUCAAUAUACAAGAUUAGACAAUAUUCAUAAACUGCCUUUACCGAAAACUAUCAAAGGUUAUAUUGAAGAAGCGCAUUAUUAAUUAUUAAUUGGUCUUUGGAAAAAUUCAGUGCUUUACAUUGUAUAGCAAUAGCUUCUUUUGAAAAAAUUUUCGCGAGGCACGAUUAGAUACAAGUGUCUUUUAAUAAGAAUUAAAAUGCUCAUUGUUAAGAUUGUGAGAUAUCUUCAAUUUUAUAAAAAUUGAUACAAGUUGAAAGAUAUACUAUUUUCUCUUUUCUAUGAAAUACGUUAUAUCUUUCAACUGAUUUGAAGUUGACUUGUGAGUUACUUGGCUGUGUGGUGUGUAUCUUCGUUUCUCUUUGUAAAUACAUUCUUCAUAAUAAAAAUAAUCUCCUGCUCAAUUCAAUAGUAAGAACAGAAGUUGAUCUCUUGUUUAAUAUGAGAGAUGUAACAUAAUUUUAUAUGAAACAGAAAAUUAUAUUACAUUAAUCAUGAUAAUAUUGCAGGGUAAUUGUUAAAUCUAUAUUUCUAACAGUUUAUACAUUUAUAUGCAUAAAAUAAAUAACAUUUAUUAAAUUUGACCUCAAAUGUACAGAUUUUGUUAAAAUAUAAUACUAAAAUAAAUUAGCCAUUUGUUAAUUGGUCUUAAUGUUAUUCUUUCUUAAAUAUUAUUAUUAUUACUUGAAUACUAUUGUAUAAACUAUUUACGCUUUCAUUUGUAACAAAUAAAUUCACAAAAAAAUGUUUCAUACUUCCCUCUAUUUAGUGAUCUACACAUUGAUUUUUAUUUUUUUCCUAUCUAUUCCAAUUCAGUCCAAGUAUAUUGCGUGCCUAUUGGAAAAGCAGCAUACGCUGUUUCAGUAGCACGAUUUAAAUCUGGUAAUGCCAUAUCAGAAGUUGUUGUUAGAAUUGUAUGAAUUUGUGUUGCAUCUUUUAUUCGUCUUUCCAAGAAAUUCCAAGUUUUCUGAUGAUCUUCACUAUUAUCUUGUAACAUAUACAAUUCAGUGGUUUUAUAAAUACCUGCUAAUACUAUCCUUCUAGUGUACCAGUUUAUGUCAACUGAUUUGUCGCCAGCAUAAUAGCAAAUAUCGUCCACUAAAGUAAGUAAAUUAGCUAAUGACAAUGGUACAUUAGGUGGUAAAGCCAUAAGGGCUAAAGCUUGUGGCCAUGUUUUUUUAUAUGGGAUCACCAUUCUCAAUCUUGUCUCAACAGCAUCGCGUACUUGUAAUUCUAAUGUUUUUUUCUUUUUAGUAGGACUCUGUUCAACAGCAAGAGCUUGUUCCUCAAGUAUUUUAUUCAAUUCUUUGUUGCACGUUAAGUAGAAGUAAUGAACCAAAUCUGCUCCUCGAUUAGGGAAUAAUCCAUGAAUUAUCCCAGGGUAUCCAAUAGAUUCAGCACCAGCACUGAUGGCUUGCUGGCUCCAUCCAAGAUCAUGAACAUAUUUUAAAGAUGCAGCAAGAAUUUUCAUUUUGAUGUUCUUCUCAUAUUCCUCAUCGUUUUCUUUACCAUCGUGUUCUUGACUUGAUUGCUGUUGAUCAUUUUCGAGUUGAUUUGUGAGUAAAACUCUACAAGUCCAUAAACGUCUAAAACCUAUUAUUGAAAGACCUUUUCGCAUUAAUAAAAUACUAGACAUAGCCAUAUCAACAACUUUAAAUAAACUACUUGCUGCACAUUUAUACACACACAACAAAACUGUGAUUAAUAUUGUUCUAUUCGAAACAUUUAUGAGAAUUGCAUAUCCGCCUUCAUAUGCUACGAAUGUAGU